AUGCUAGGCAUCAUUCAAUUCAUCUCUAUCGCCUGUGGUAUCAUCCUCUCAUUCUUCCCGGAUGAAUACGACCGCGCGGUUCAUAAUUGGCUUGAAAGUGCCGACAGUGCCAGCGCCGCAGACAAAACUCGCUGGCCCACCGAUAUCUCGCGCGAUAUCGUCGCUAUUGGCUGCCAUUCUCACAAUGACUACUGGCGCCGGGUGCCACUGUACUCCGCACUGCAAGCAGGAUGCAUAGGUGUUGAAGCCGAUGUCUGGCUCUUCGACGACGAACUCUACGUCGGCCACACCAAAUCGUCCCUGACAGAGCGCCUAACCCUGAAAUCCAUGUACAUUGACCCGCUAGUAAACAUCCUCGAACGCCAGAACCCAACCACCAAAUUUCACCCAGGAGGCAACAGCCCUGCGCAUGGCGUCUUUGACACAGACCCAGCCCAAACUCUAAUCCUCCUGAUCGACUUUAAAACCACAGGCCCGACAACCUGGGACGCCGUUAUGAAGCACCUCGCUCCGCUCCGUGACCGCGGCUAUUUAACCCACUUCAACGGCGACAAGGUCAUCCAUGGCCCCAUCACCAUCGUCGGAACUGGAAAUACGCCCUUCAACCUCGUCACCGCAAACACCACUUACCGUGAUAUCUUCUUCGACGCCCCACUCGACAAACUCGUCGAUGUCGACCAGCCAGACAACAGCCCCCGACCAGAGGAAGUUCUCACCCUGCGCACAGAUCUCGGUCAAGGUCAAUCUGGCAUGCCGGAUAUCAUCACUGCGUCCACUUUCAACACCUCGAACAGCUUCUAUGCCUCUGUGUCUUUCAAAAGCACAAUCGGCCACCCCUGGCCUUUCCACUUCACGAAGACCCAAAUGGACCGUAUCCGCAGCCAGGUGCGUGUUGCGCACCAGCACGGCUUGAAAGUCCGCUACUGGGCGCUGCCGAGCUGGCCUCGCAGUCUGCGGAAUCAUGUCUGGCGCGUGCUUGCACAGGAAGGCGUUGAUAUCCUGAAUGUUGAUGAUUUGGUUUCUGCUGCUAAGGGAGAUUGGAAUACGAAGGUUUUCGAUUGGUGGCCGUGA